AGUUGGCAGCUCCGUCAAUCAGCUGUAGGGUUGUUUAUAUUUUUAACCGGAGUUUUCGGUUUAUUCUUUUUAGAAUAUUUGAAUUAAAUGGAUUCCUUGCUUAAUUAUCGUUAUAGUUUAGUGGCUGGGGCUUUUGCUGCCGGAGGUAGCUUUUUUGGGAAGCUACCAAGUCAUCUCAAGGCUCAAAAGUUUUUAAAUUUGUCUGACAGCUUUUCAGAUUCCUCGUAUUUGGGAACUGGAUUGGUGCAAGUAUUACCAUUGGUCUUAAUGGUGAUUUGCAAUGUUUCCAAUUUGCGAUGCUUUUUGAAAGCUCUCCAAAUGACGGAGCAAACAUUAACCUGUGUUGUUCUAACUGCCGCCUCCAAUUACAUCUUAUCGUUUAUUUUGGGGGCUCUAGUCUACCAAGAGCCACUGACGGCGUUAUCUGGCGUUGGAAUAACUCUCAUUGUGGCGGGUCUUUGGUUCCUUUGCGAUGGCGGGGAAGCUGCGGAAGCCAAGAAAAAGGACUCUAACAAAGAAAAUUAGCAUAUGAAAAUAUACUUUAGUUUAAGAAUAGUUUAAAAGCCCUAAUGAAGUAGAAAACUAAGGAACUUUUUUAUAUUUUGUUUAAUGUAUGUACGCUUUUGCAAAUACAUAGUUGAACUACGAUA